AUGGGUCGAAAGCCAAGUAAUGUGUACGACUAUUUCAUUCGCUUAGAACCAGAAGCUGGACACAAGGGAAUGAUACGGUAUCAAUGUAAGAAAUGUGACAAACAGUACGCAAGCAAUGCAACACGAUUGGCUGAUCACCUUAAAAUGUCGUGCGCCCCAAGCUUUCAGACGAACCAGCGGAUCCGAAAGGUCAAUGAGCUUUCACCUGUUAAUAUCCAUCCGAUUGGAAAUAUACAAGAAGGUGAAGCUAAUGAAGAUACAGAAGAAGCAGAGGGAUCAUCUGAUGGUAUGGCAGCUACAGUAGCGUCACUUGCAGUACCAGUACCAAGUCCUGACGUGUACGCAGCAGCUGGAGUUGAAACAGCUCAAUCACUCGCGCUCAAACGGUCUGAUCAUCAACUGCUUACCAACAUGUUAGAGUCAGUAGAUGAACCACCACAGGAUGUUACCGAGGUAUUAUUGCGCUUGGCAAAGCUGUCGACGUGUGUUAUUGGAGAUGCCAUGGCGCAGAUGAAGCUUCAAGGACAUUUAGUGGAUGUCAGUCUUGUUCGAGGAUACAAUACACCUCUGGCUAUGAAUAUCUGUGGACCAGCAUUGACAGUCAGGAUAAUGCCAGCGACAGGAGCUCUGGUUGGUAAUGGAUCGUAUGACUACAUGGAUACGGCCGAAAUGGGGCAGGUUGUGGUCAUAAGUGCUCCACCAAAGAGUACGAUGGCGGUGUUUGGUGGGUUGUUAGCAACGGCAUUGAAAGCACGAAAUGUGACAGGUAUUGUAACGGAUGGACGUGUACGAGAUGUGCAGGAGUUGUGUACAAUGAAUUUUCCGGUAUUUGCAAUGGGUACAUCUGUGUACGGGGAGUAUGGAGCGACAACGAUCGCCGAAGUAAAUGGACCCGUACUAGUUGCUGACUGUGUCAUACGUCACAAUGACAUUAUUCGUGGAGAUAUCAAUGGUGUUAUUGUUAUUCCAGCUGAACGUGCUCAAGACAUUGCGACCCGCGCGGAGAUUAUCGAGGACCAGGCGAAUAAAAUUAUCGAAGCUCUGAACGAUGGGGAACCAAUGGAGCGCUCGUUACACCGUUUUAGCACUUCGAGGGAAGUGUGA